AUGGAGCUAGAUGAGUGGAGAGAGUCAGUUGGAGAUGAAAUCGGUGCCAUGAUCAAGAAUGAUACUUGGUAUGAAACUGAGCUUCCCAAAGGAAAGAAAGCAGUAACAAGUCGCCUACUCUUCACUAUCAAGUAUCUAGCUAAUGGGAAACAAGAGAGGAAGAAGACAAGAGGGUUUAUAAAAUUUGAAGCUGAUCAUACACUCUUCACCCUCACAAACAAGCAAGGAAUUGUGGUGAUUCUGAUUUAUGUAGAUGAUAUUAUCAUCACAGGAAGUGACAAGGAUGGUAUCAUCUCAACCAAAGCUUUUCUUAAGCCUACUUUUGAUAUUAAAGAUUUGAGUGAGCUGGAGUACUUUCUAGGGAUAGAAAUGUGCCGCUCUAAAGAUGGACUUUUCUUAUCUCAAGGAAAGUACACGCUUGAUCUUUUAAAUGAAACAGGAAAGCUUGGAGAAAGAAUAGCUAAGACACCUCUUGAAGAAGGAUACAAAGCCUUGUGUGAGGGAGGGACUGAAGAUAAGCCAUUUGGAGACUUCAAACUCUAUAGGAGAAUGGUUGGGAAGCUGAUUUAUCUAACCAUUACAAGACCAGAGAUCUGA